GACAGCCAAACAUGGCGGCUGCGAGCUAGAGCAACCAGGCAACACCUUCGUCUUUUAUUAUCAGUCAGGAUAUAACCAGGGCCGGUAGGGAUUCAUUCAUUUCACCCAUUUUCCGCCCUUGCUGGUUUUUAUCCAGCCGUUGUCCGGUGAGUGAAGGUGGCUUGUUAACCACAGUAAGUUAACGAUAGACGGCAGACAGGAGUGAACUGAUACAACAACAGCGGACUGAGGGCGGACUGUUUCUGCUUGGUUUCUUCACCUCUCUGCCGAUAUGUUUCACAGGUCCCAGGAAAACAGUGGGCGCUAUCAAUGAGACAGGAGAAGUUUGGAGGCAAGACCCACCGCAGGGCUUGCCACUGGGACAGACUUGGUAACUGGGCAAGAAGGUUGCUGUAGAGAGGCAGAUGCCAGGAGCCCAGUGGAACAUCUACAAAACUUCAGAGUUCCUCUGCAGAGAUAGUGAACCUCCCAAAAGGAAAACCACCUCUGCAGCACUCAACAGCAGGUAAUCUCAGGCCUCUCUGGGAUCCAGCCCCUCACUCCUUCCUCAUCCCCACCCCCUGCUGAUGAUGUCAUCACCACCAGCAAAGCCCUCCUCCACCUCCCUCUCCCCUGGGUCCCGGCUGCCACCCUCGGCGGCCCUGGACUCUCUGUCCGUGUCUUCCCUCCUGUCUGGGGAUUUAGACGAUGAAGGAGAUGGAGGAAGAGGAGGAGGGGAGGAGGAAGGGCUGGGAGACCUAGAAGUGAACCCAUAUGAUGGCUUGCCCUUUUCUUCGCGCUACUACGCCCUGCUGGAAGAGAGGCAGAAGUUUCCCAUAUGGAGGCUCAGGCAGAGUCUACUGGAGCACCUGGAGAGCAACAACAUGGUGCUGCUCAGUGCACCCAGUGGAGCUGGAAAAAGCACGCAGGUGCCACAGUGGUGUGUGCAGUAUGCUUUGUCCUAUGAAUUUUCUCAGGGCCUGGUGUGUUGUUCCCAGCCCUAUUCGGUGGCAGCGGUGAGUCUGGCCCUUCGUGUGGCUGAUGAGAUGGACCUCAGCCUGGGUCUGGAGGUGGGCUACAGGGUGUCUCAUGAUGACAGCUGUAUACCCGACACCCUGCUCAGGUUUGUCAGUGACACUCUCCUGCUAGAGGAAAUGAUGUCAGACCCUCUGCUGCAUCAGUAUGGUGUUGUGGUGUUGGACGAGCUCCAGGAGCGUACUAUGCCCACUGACGUGCUGCUGGGCCUGCUGUGUGACGUCUGCCGGCAGAGGCCAGACAACUUCCGGGUGGUUCUCCUCACUCACCCAACGCUGGCACCUCGCCUCUCCUCCUUCCUGGGACCAUCAGUCCCUCACCUCUCCCUGGACAGCCUGUUCACUGACCCACCUACCAAAGACCCGGAAGAGGGGCAUGAGGUAGAGGAGAACAGGAAGUCUAUUGAGAUGAAGAGGGUGGAGACGUUGUACCGGGAGCUUUCAUCUGGGAAGGAACCGGUUGCUGCUGCCUGUCACAUGGUGCUGGAUCUGCACAGAAGGGGAGAGGAGGGAGAUGUAAUGGUGUUUUUGGCCAGUGCACAGGAAACAGAAGACUGUGUGGCCCUGCUGGAGAAGGAGUGUGUAGCUCUGAGUCCUCAGCUUGGUCCUCUCAGGAUCCUCCCCCUCCAUGCUCGACUGGGAGGGCUGACCCAGAGGGUCUACGAAGCCGACCUCGAACCUUCUACACUGAGGGAGAACGACAGCUCUGAGGGCGUGGAUUGCUCAGUGCUGGGAGCCAGAGGGCCGGGGGUCAAAAGGAAGGUUAUCCUCACUGAUACCCUCGCAGAGGCUUCCUUCUCCCUGCCAGCUAUUCGCUAUGUCAUAGACACAGGCCUUCAGCUCAAAACUGUUUACAAUCCACAAAUAAGAGCAAACUCGCAGGUCCUGAGGACGAUCAGCAAACACCAGGCCGACAUGCGGACUCAAAGGGUAAACAGCCACCUUCCAGGGCUGUGUCUCCGUCUUUACCCCCAGUCUCUAUACGAUGAUGGGAUGGGGGAGGCUCAUUGUCCAGGGGUGGUGGAGGAAAACCUCAGCCACUUGGUGCUGUUGCUCAAGAGGCUUGAUAUUGCCGACAUGGGACAGUGCAAGUUCCUGGACAGACCAGCCCCUGAGGCUCUAAUGCAGGCCCUGGAGGACCUGGACUACCUGGCAGCGCUGGAUGAUGAUGGUAACCUGUCAGAGGUGGGCAUCAUAAUGUCGGAGCUGCCACUGGAGCCACCGCUGGCUAAAGCCCUGAUCGCUGCCUGCGAGUACGACUGUGUUGAUGAGCUGCUCACUAUAGCUGCCAUGCUCACAGCUCCUUCCUGCUUUGUGACAGCAGAACCCAGCAGAGAGGAGGCUGCUGUCACACACUGGCGACCUCUAAUGCACACAGAGGGAGACCACAUGACUCUCAUUAAUAUUUAUAACGCCUUCAUAGAGCAUAAUCAGGAUGAGGCGUGGUGCACAACAAACUUCCUCAGUCACGCCGCCUUACAGUUGGCUGUGGUGAUCAGGGCGGAGCUGCUGGAGGUGAUGCAGCGAAUAGAGCUUCCUGUUUCUCCUCCUGCUUUUGGAUGCCAAGACAACUGCACAAAUAUCAAGCGUGCUCUCAUCUCUGGCUUCUUCCUCAAAGUCUCUCAUGAUGUGGAUGGUUCAGGUAACUACCUCCUGCUAACUCACCGGCAUGUGGCUCACCUGCAUCCCUUCUCUUCCUACCUGUGUCGCCAGCCGUGCCCCAACCCCCCCAGCUGGGUCCUCUACCACGAAUUCACCAUCUCCCGCGAUAACUGCAUCCGCAUCGCCUCCGAAGUCCACCCUCAGAUGCUUGUGGAGCUGGCCCCUCAGUACUACCUGGGAAACUUGCCAUCAAGUGACGGCAAAGAUCUGCUGAUGGAGCUGAGGCAGAAUCUGGAGCCACAUGCAUACGAGCAGGACGGAGUGUCAGACGAGCACAGCAGGACUCACAGAGACGCAGAUGGGACGGGAGAGACUCACAAUCAGUCCAGCACAGAGCUCUGUGUUGUCCAAUGAGAUGUAAGAAGAGACACUAAACACCUACUGUCACUUUAUUGUUUGAUCUGAGAUUUGGUACUUUGUAUAAAUUAGUCUGUGAAAUCUCAUUUGAGGUUGAAUCAUUUUGAUGUGUGAUUUCAAAUGCACUUUUACUGGAAAACACUAAUGUACAGUCAUUUAUUGUUAAUAUAUCUUAUAUGCAGUGACUUUGGAAAAUAUUCAAACCUCUUCAUUUUCUCCUUGAUGUGCUAUGUAUUGACUUAAUUUUAUAUUUUAUUUAGAAUAUGUUUUUUAUUUAAUGAGGGAUUUCUGUGUUUCUGUUUGAAUAAUUCUACAAAAAUAGUGUUAUGUGUCCAAUGAUGGCACAAAAACAUCAAUUUUAAAUUGUAGCACAACAAAAAUUGGAAAAAGUGAAGUGGAUAGAAUACUUUAUCAAAGUGUACGUUUUGUUUAAACAGUUGAGAUUUCAGCUAAAGCAAUACGCACUACUUCAGUGAGCAGAGACACUGUUAUUGGAUGACCUUUGACCUCUAUGCAGAUACCCAUGAACAGAUGGCUUCUCAGGGUGAUCUGUGAUGCGAUACUGUACUGUAGCAGUGAUGCACAGACCUUCUAUUUUCAACUUUUUGAUACUGUUUGUAUAAUGUUUGGAUUUCCUGCUUAGAUCUUCAUUCUGCCUUUUUCUCUCCAACUUUGUGUCAAUUAUGAAAAAUAUUUGUGUAAAGUGGUUUCUUAUCGUCCUAUUUAAUAGGAUAUGUCUGUCAAUACAGUACUUCAAUACUUCAAAUAAAAGUUUGAAAUAUCUCAGUGAUUUUUCACUUUA